AUGGCAGACCCGGCCACGCAGAAAGCACCCGCGGCGACGCCGCCAGGCGUGCCCGAGGGCUCGGAAUGGUCCCCGGUGGGCGUCGCUCUCUUUGCCGGGGACGGGGAGGGCGCCGACGCCUCAGGCAUCGUGGCGUACGUGCAGAAGCUGGACCUGCAGCUCUCGGUCGUCACCGAAGCGGACCUCAUGGCCGCGGCGGAGUCCAACGAAGCGCUCAUGGAGCGCGUCACGGCUGAUCUGGCCGAGAAAGGAGGAGCAGUGGACAAGAAGAAGGCCAAGGGCAAGAAGGGCGCCGCGGACGACGGCCCCGUGGACCUCUCGGGCCUCUCCCCCGCGCUGCUCGCCGAGCUCUUCCACCACCGCGCGAACGCGGACCGCGAGGGCGACCUCCGCGGCGCCCUCAAGAUGGCGCACGACCAGCUCAAGUUUGCCGAGGAGGACUUCGCCAGCGCGAAGCAGGUGCUCGAGGAGGCCCGGCAGGAAGAGGCCGGCUCCGAGGUCCUCGGGGACUCCCGCCCGUCCUCGGGCCGCCGCCUCACGGAGCAGAACUCCACCCGCAUCCUCGCCGACGACGACGGCGACGAGGGGGACGACGCGGAGGCGGACGCGGAGGACGCGGGGCGGCGGAUGAGCGGCGCGAGCCACCUGAUGGGCGGCCCGUCGAUGGGCGCGAUGACCGAGGUGGGCGCGGAGGCGGAGGAGGCCCAGGUGGCGCUGGAGCGCGCGCAGGCCAAGCUCGAGGAGGCGCAAGCGGCGGUGCGGCGGCCCGUGACGGCGAGCCGGCUGUACUUGCUGCCGUGGGCGAAGCUGACGGCGGAGCGGCUCACGGAGGUGCUGCGGGCGGGCGUGCCGUUCCGCGCGCUGGUGGUGGUGGGCGCGGCCGCCGAGGACAAGGACGCCGCGGCGGAGCCCGCGCCGGAGAGCGUGGAGGCGGUGGUGGCGGCGCUGGAGAGGGAGGUGGCGGCCGCGGCGUGGGGCGACCCUGUCCGGGAGAUGGAGGUUCGGCGCGUCGAGCUCGGGGGCGCGGCGGCGGUGGCGGCGGGGGAGGCCGUGGGGCUGCGGAAGAGCCGCACCGAGGGCGAGGACGACGCGGAGGCGCCCGCGCCGCCCGCGGGCGCGCUGGAGGUCGCCGGGGCGCUCGGCGCGCUGCGGAGCGAGUGGGUGCAGUACACCGCGUGGCUGGCGGAGGCGUCGGUGCUGCCGGUGCCCGCCAUGCCGGCGGAGGACCUCGACCGCGGGAUCUACGACCGGCUCAUGUCGACGGUGCCGCCGGAGAACGCGAGCGUCGCCGUGAUGGUCCACUGCAUGGUCGAGCAGGCCGCGCACGCCGCCGUGGCCACCGGCGCCGCCGACGGGCCCAUCGCGGAGCGCGGCAAGCAGGCCGACGCGAUCAGCUUCGUGUCCGCGUCGCUCUCGAACCUCUUCGACUCCCUCUCCGCGCUCCCCGCCGCCGACAGCAUCCCCGCCGCGAAGGAGCACGGCCUCGUGGCCCAGGGGUUCCACCCCGCCAAGGGCGGCGCGAAGCGCGCGGCCGCGGACGGCGCCUCGAACAUCGUCGGCGAGCUCGACCGCGUCGCGCUGCGCGCCUGCGGCGCGCACGUCGGGUACCGCGUCGGCCCGGACGGCGGCCCCAAGCCGCUGGCGCCUCUGGUGGGCGCCGCCGCCGACCCCAACCGGUCGACGCUGCUCGGCGUGGACGUGAACGCGGACGACAGCGUGUCGCUGGACCUCCAGGUCGUGACGGACGGCGGCUGGCGCAGCAUGAUGACCCCCGAGGGCCACCUGGACGUCGAGGCCGUGGAGAAGCACAUGCUUGGCCUGUGUCAGCUGCCUGGGUUCGGGCGGCGGGCGAUGCCGGCGGCGUCGGAGCUGGACGAGGUCGCGCUGUCCGAGCGCGCGCAGUUCCUCAAGGCCGCGCUGCUCGGCGAGAAGGUCCCGGCGUCCCGCGCGGAGCUGGCGGCGCUGCUGCAGAAGGGUGUGGACGCGCUGCCCGAGGGCGUGGCGACCGCGCACGGCGACAGCAUCCUCGCGGCGCACCACCUCGAGCCGCUCACGGCGCGCACGCUCCCCGGCGCGCUCCAGCAGGCCAUCGAGGAGCUGCCCGACCAGCGGGUCGUGUACUCGCCGGCGCUCGACGCGGUGCUGGUGGCGUGCUUCGCGGGGUCGCCGACGGUCGAGGUCGACAUCGAGACGCCGACGCGGCUGUCGUUCCCGGACUUCUGCGCCCUGCAGCGCAGGGCCGCCGCCGGGGGCGACGCGAAGCUGCCCAGCAAGGUCUACGACAUCCCCGACGGAGUCGCGAAGAUCAAGCGGAGCGCGCAGCUGGCCUUCCCGGAGGACGGGUGCCUCGUGGAGUCGUCGGCGUCGUGCGUGCGCGUGCAGCUGCCGCGCGGGCCCGCGGUGCGGCUCCAGUCGGACAGCGCGGGGCGCACUGUGUUCAACACGGCGACGGCGACGGACGUGGCGGUCGCGGUGGUCCGCGGCGAGGACGGCGUGCUGCACCUGCAGUGCACGGACCUCUCCGGCGUCGUGACGUCGCUGUCGAGCAGCGGCGUCGUCACGGUGGAGCGCGCGGACGCCCUGGACAGCAACGCACCCAACCCGCGCGCCGAGGCGCUCGCGCUGACGGGCGUCGACAUCCCCGGCGGGCAGAUCCCCGGGGGGGACCCGUCGCCGCUCCUGGACAACUCGGCGGCGCGCGAGGUGCACUUGAAGGUGCUGCCGUGGGGCGCGGUGUCGCAGACGUUUGCGAGCGGGCGCCAGGUCAUCACGCACACCACGGGCGAGACCUCGGAGCGGUGCGUGUACCCCACGGGGGUGUCUCCGCCGCCCGCGGGCGCAACGAAGGAGGACGGCGGCGGCGACGCCGAGCAGGGGGGGGACUCGAAGGACGUGGCAGCGGGGGAGUCCAAAGCCGAGUCCAAGGCCGACGCGGACGACGCCGCGGCCGCGGCCGCCCCCCCGAAGCUCGGCUGGCUCGGCUGCAGCCGCCGCGGCGAGCGCUGGGUCUCCCCGGACCUCACCGAGGAGGAGCAGGCCAUCCUCCUGGCGCGCGCGGCCGCCGAGGCCGUCUCCGGCGCGGCGGGCGGCAGCGAGCACCUGGACCGCAAGCCGUCCGCGGUGAUCGUCACGGCCGGCGAGGGCAAGGACACCGAGACCGACGACGCGCAGAAGGCCGCGGAGGAGGAGGCACGUGCCAAGUUUGCCGCCCUGCCCAAGCCGGUGGCGUAUCCGUCGCUGCACGCGGUCGAGGCGUCGGACCCGGACACGCGCGCGACGACCGUCACGCGCGCGGACCACGUCCUGAGCGUGGACUUCCCGUCCGGACAGACGCUCGUGAUGCUCCCGGACGAGACGCGCAUCGUGACGCUGCCCGCGCCGCCGCGCCCCGAGCCGGCCGAGGGCGAGGAGCCCGCCACGCCUGCGGGGCCGUCGAUGCGGCCGUGGAUGGUCGAGGGCGAGGCGAUGCCGCGCGUGCUGGGCAACGACGAGGGCGUCUCGGUGUCGCCGUCGCCGGGUGUGGCGCUCGGGUGGCACGCCAGCACCAACACCAUCGUCGCCGACGUCGAGGGCGCGGGGCGGAUCAUCAUCAUCGGCGAGGUCGUCGCGCUGUCGCCCCCGGGCCACGAGGUCGAGAUCGAGGCCCUGAUGGAGGCCAUCCUCGACGCCGCGGACGAGCAGGACGAGGUGGCGGCCAAGGCGCGCAAGGGACACGCCGCGGUGGUCGAGGCGGCGCGCGCCGAGUACGAGAAGAAGAAGGCGGAGCACGCGGAGCUCGUCGCGGCCGCGGCCGCGGAGGCGUCGAAGAAGAAGAAGGGCGCGGCUGAGCCGGAGGUCCCAGAGCUGGAGCCGUUCAAGGAGCCGCCGUUCGUGGUGCCGGACCGGCCGAGCUGGGCGAAGCAGGUGGCGUGCGGGGAGGGCUGCGGCGGCACGUACGUCGUGGACAUGAAGCACGGGCACGUCGCGCGCAGCAACGUCGCGGCGCCGGAGACGGGCCUGCUGGCCACGCUGCGCCCGCCGGGGAUCGUCACCUACCCCGACGCGCCGAUAGCGCCGACGGACGACGAGGCCGAGAUGGACGCGGUCAGCACGGGCUCUCCCGUCCGCAGCCGGCGGCCGUCGGCCGGCGCCGGCGCCGGCGACGACGACGAGGGCGACGACGUGGACGACAUGGUCUCCGAGUACGCCGCGAGCCGCGCCCCGUCGCAGUUCGGGAUGAUGAGCCAGGCGUCCGGGUUCAGCGCGGUGUCCGGCGCAGGCCGCGAGAGCGACGGCUCGGACGACGACGACCUCGAGAUAGAGGCCGAGCCCAUCGCGCCCAGCGUGCUGCCGCGGCUCUUCGUGGUGCGGCCGGACGGGAGCGGGUUCGAGAUCUGGCUGCAGCAGGCGUUCGAGACGCUGCUGGCGCGGCGGAGCGCGCACGCGGCGUGCCGCGUGGUCGAGAUGGAGAGCGCGGCGUCCACGGGGAGCGAGAGCGCCGACCUGCGCGCGUACCAGUUCCUGACGCAGGUCAAGAUCGGGCCGCGGGGGCUCCCGCGGCUGCCGGUCGCGACGACGGUGACGUGUUCGUGGGCGCAGCCGCCCCGCGCGGCGCCCGCGCUGCGCGCGGUGUCGCGUGCGGAGUACCCGCCGCCGUUCUCGUCGGUGGUCGUCCCGCGCGGGAUCGUGGACCGCCUGCGCCUGCCCGAGCCCGACGUCCCGCCGAUCGUCCUCCAGCGCUGCAUCGUCACGAUCCCGCACUUCUCGGAGCGCCAGCACGCCAUCCUGCGGCGCGCGCUGCUCUCGUACGCGGCCGACGUCAACGAGGAGCGCCAGCGCGGAUCGCACCAGCACCUCGCGGCGGACACGCGCCCGAACAGCGACAUCGAGCUCGAGCGCGAGAUCUCCGCGCAGGUCGCCAAGGUGCUGUCGCAGACGGAGUCGGCGGCGACCGCGCUGACCAAGCAGCCCGAGCAGGAGGAGGAGAAGGGCGAGGAGGGCCCGGAGUACGUGCGGCACGGCGACGAGUACGAGCCUGCGAUCCUGUACGCGAAGAAGCGCCGUCCGUGGCCGCCCGUGCCGGAGAAGCACCCGGGGGCGGAGCGCGAGGUGCGCAGCGGGCAGGUGCUGGAGUACUUCCGCGCGCCGGAGGGGCUCGACGCGCUGGGGUCGAAGAUGAUGAUGAAGAGCGCCGCGGUGGCGGCGAAGUCGCGCCGCCAGAGCCGCGUGACCGCCACGCACGACACGUCGCAGUUCUCCGACCUGCGGGAGCACUACGGGACCAUGCCGCCGGCGUACCAGACGGUGGACUUCCUCGAGCAGCGCAUCGAGGUGAACGAGCGGCAGCACGCGGAGCGCAGCAUCAAGGUCAAGAAGAUGCGCAACAAGGGUGCGGCGAAGGAGCCGAAGACCUCGCACACAGGCAUCCUGGGCGACGCCGACCUCAUGGGGCCGCCCCCGGAGACCCCCGACGAGCGCCGCGUCGGCGGCGGGCUGGUGCAGGGCGUGCCGGGGGUCGGCCAGAUGAGCACGUGGUCGCAGCGCGGGUCGGAGCGGACCCCGAACGAGGCGUCGCUGUACGACCCCGCGGGGCGGUACUCGCGGUCGCCCCCCGGGCCGGGCGUCGACGUCGAGGCGGGCAGCUUCAUGGGCGCGUACGAGGACACCGCGAACCCCAAGUCCCGCAAGUUCACGGUGACGGGCGAGCUGCGCACGGAGGUCGACCUGCCGCCCUACAUGCGGCGCAACGCGGCGACGGCGCGCAUCAACCACCAGCACCUGGCCCAGGAGGAGGGCGCGCUGCGGAUGUCCCGCACCGCCGCGGGGCAGCUCUUGCUCGCGCGCAAGCGCUUCACGAAGGAGUUCCUCGUCACCCCCGAGCAGCUGGACUUUGGCGUCGUGCGGCCAGGCACCUCCAGGAAGCUGAAAGUCCGCAUCCGCAACGUGUCCGCGGAGAUCGCGCGCUUCAACGUCGCGGCCCUCGCGCCGCCGUUCAAGCGCACGUACAACCCCGGCCCGCUGGCCGCGGGGAUGGAGGCGGUGAUCGACGUGGAGUUCGGCGUCAAGGAGGAUGUCCCCCCGGGGGGUCCCACGACGUUCAACCGCAUCAUGGAGGUGCGCUCGGAGACCGCGGUGUUCAGCAUCCCGCUGCAGGGCCAAGUCGAGGUCGCGCGCGGGUCCACGCUCGACGUCCACCGGCGCUCGCGGGACGCCUCGGGCCCGAACCUGGUUUCGGCCAACGCCGUGUGA